AGUGGAAAAUAAAAUCAUCAGGUAGAAAUGUCAAAAACAGGGAAGUGCCACCCAGACACUCCAUGUCCUCCUCCCCAGCAAGCCCCUGUCCAGGAAGACAGGAAGAAUUCAGAGCCACAUAUUUUCCCUUCCUUUUCAGAGAGGCGGGGCCCAGGAUGCAGUCAGAGAAUCAGAGCUCUUAUUAAUGACUGCUCUGUGGCAGCUAAACCAACCGAACAAUCAGCUGCGCUGCUUGCUCCUCGACUCAGACAACUCUGGGCACAGAGCGUGUGCGGCGGGAUGGAAAUCAGCGUGCGUUCUUACCAGGAGCUGUGCUUCCCGGGACCUCACGAACUCUAUUUUAAGAACCUUUCAAAAAGAAAAAAUCAAGUCAUGGAGAAGAAUGGGAAUAAUCGGAAGCUGCGAGUUUGUGUUGCUACUUGCAACCGUGCUGAUUAUUCUAAACUUGCCCCAAUCAUGUGUGGCAUUAAAACGGAACCGGAGUUCUUUGAGCUGGACGUGGUGGUGCUUGGCUCUCACCUGAUCGAUGACUAUGGUUGCUGCUCCAUGCUGUCCUGUGGUUCCUCCAAGAUUUGCACCAGGAUAUAUCAGCCACUUUCGGUAGCAGUGAUCUGGAAAUACAUACCGCAUGAUUGAACAAGAUGACUUUGACAUUAACACCAGGCUACACACGAUUGUUAGAGGGGAAGAUGAGGCAGCCAUGGUUGAGUCAGUAGGCCUGGCCCUAGUGAAGCUACCAGAUGUCCUUAAUCGCCUGAAGCCUGAUAUCAUGAUUGUCCAUGGAGACAGGUUUGAUGCCCUGGCGCUGGCAACAUCUGCUGCCUUGAUGAACAUCCGAAUCCUUCACAUUGAAGGCGGGGAAGUCAGUGGGACCAUUGACGAUUCCAUUAGACAUGCCAUAACAAAACUGGCUCACUAUCAUGUGUGCUGCACACGAAGCGCAGAGCAACAUCUGAUAUCCAUGUGUGAGGACCAUGACCGCAUCCUUCUGGCAGGCUGUCCUUCCUAUGACAAACUUCUCUGUGCCAAGAACAAAGACUACAUGAGCAUCAUUCGCAUGUGGUUAGGUGAUGAUGUAAAACCUAAAGAUUACAUUGUUGCUCUUCAACACCCAGUGACCACUGACAUUAAGCAUUCCAUUAAGAUGUUUGAAUUAACACUGGAUGCACUCAUCUCAUUUAACAAGCGGACCCUCGUUCUGUUUCCAAAUAUUGAUGCAGGGAGCAAAGAGAUGGUUCGAGUGAUGCGGAAGAAGGGCAUCGAGCAUCAUCCUAAUUUUCGGGCAGUUAAACAUGUGCCGUUUGAACAGUUUAUACAGCUGGUUGCUCAUGCUGGUUGUGUGAUUGGAAACAGCAGUUGUGGGGUACGAGAGGUUGGAGCUUUUGGAACACCAGUGAUCAAUCUAGGAACACGGCAGAUUGGAAGAGAAACAGGGGAGAAUGUUCUUCAUGUCCGGGAUGCUGAUACCCAAGACAAAAUAUUGCAAGCACUGCACCUUCAGUUUGGUAAACAGUACCCUUGCUCAAAGAUAUAUGGGGAUGGAAAUGCUGUUCCAAGGAUUUUGAAGUUUCUCAAAUCUAUCGAUCUGCAAGAGCCACUACAAAAGAAAUUCUGCUUUCCUCCUGUGAAGGACAAUAUCUCUCAAGACAUUGACCAUAUUCUUGAAACUCUGAGUGCCUUGGCUGUUGAUCUCGGUGGGACAAACCUCCGAGUUGCAAUAGUCAGCAUGAAGGGUGAAAUAGUUAAGAAGUAUACUCAGUUCAAUCCUAAAACCUAUGAAGAGAGGAUUAAUUUAAUCUUACAGAUGUGUGUAGAAGCUGCAGCAGAAGCUGUAAAACUUAACUGCAGAAUUUUGGGCGUAGGUAUUUCCACAGGUGGCCGCGUAAAUCCUCGGGAAGGAGUUGUGCUGCAUUCAACCAAACUGAUCCAAGAAUGGAACUCUGUGGACCUCAGGACUCCCCUGUCUGAUACUUUGCAUCUCCCCGUGUGGGUAGACAAUGAUGGCAACUGUGCCGCCAUGGCAGAAAGGAAAUUUGGCCAAGGAAAGGGCCUGGAAAACUUUGUGACAUUUAUUACAGGCACAGGAAUUGGCGGAGGAAUCAUCCAUCAGCAUGAACUGAUCCAUGGAAGUUCCUUCUGUGCUGCAGAACUUGGCCACCUGGUUGUGUCUCUAGAUGGGCCUGACUGUUCCUGUGGAAGCCAUGGGUGCAUUGAAGCUUAUGCCUCUGGAAUGGCCUUACAGAAGGAAGCAAAAAAGCUACAUGAUGAAGACCUGCUCUUGGUAGAAGGGAUGUCAGUGCCAAAAGACGAAGCUGUGGGUGCACUUCAUCUUAUCCAAGCUGCGAAACUUGGCAACGUGAAAGCCCAGAGCAUCUUGAGAACAGCUGGAAAGGCUUUGGGCCUUGGGGUUGUGAACAUCCUCCACACUGUGAACCCUUCCCUUGUGAUCCUCUCUGGAGUCCUAGCCAGCCACUAUAUCCACACCGUCAAGGACGUCAUCCGCCAGCAAGCCUUGUCCUCGGUUCAGAAUGUGGACGUGGUGGUCUCAGAUUUGGUGGACCCUGCCCUGCUUGGUGCCGCCAGCAUGGUUCUGGACUACACAACGCGCAGGAUCUACUAGGCUUCCAGGAGUGCUCCCGACAGACGCUCAGGUUGUCUUUUAGACGUGCAUUUCUUAAAAAGCAAAUCUGAGGUUUAAAUUUGGUAGUUGACAGGCGACUUUGCAGAGAAGUUUGUGCUUUUAGUCUCCUCUUCCAAAGUCACCUUUCCAACCUCCAUUUUUGUAGAUGCUGCUCUUCCCGGGGUCAUUUCAGCUCACACCCUACAAAUAUCACUCAGUUUUCUGUGUCACAAGGAGCUGCAAUAGCCUUAGACCUUUGCUUUCUAGAUGUGCCGCUCAGACCGACAGGUGUUGCUUGGGAAUGUGACUUUGAUGCUAGAGUUUGGAUGAUUAAUCCUUCCUCCCUAAAUUUAAUGAUUGAAAGGGAUCUAGUCAGCACAGAAAAAAAUCUUACUGUGAAUGGUUUAAGUGAACUUUUUAAGUUUUCUUGAGGUGUUUUUAAGUGCCCAGUUUGAUAAGCUUCAGUAUAUGUAUGCACCUGUGAAACCAUUACCACCAUCAUGACACUGGACAUACUUGUCACCCC